UAUCACCGUAGCGAUUCCAAGACUCAUAAACGGUCAUUGUUGCGGCCGAUGCUACAGUGUGGUACCGUAAUUACACGGCCCCAGCGCAACCCGUGGUCCAUUAUUCGGUAUUCCCACUUGGGAUCGUUUCUUCUUCUGUUCUCAUUUUGUUCUCCUGUUCUUGUUUCCUUCUUCUUCUCUUUUUCUCCCUCCUUCACUGCAUCCUCUUCCUUUUUUCUCACUCUUCUUCGGGCUCAUCUUCUCAAGCCAUCUCGUCUCCUCGCUCAUCCCUCUCCUCCCCUCCGUCUACUCCUUUGUCAGUAGCCCUGGGCUCCUAGUUCCAAUUGUGACCUUUUUUGGAUCGGUUCUGUCUGGUCCAGGACCUGCGACACGGUCCGAGCACUUUUUAUCAGUCUCUCGUUGACGCUCGCUCGAAUCGGCAAAUUCCAAUACUGCUGAAUUUGCCCAUC